CGCGCAGCUGUUUUCUCCUUCUCAGCAGAGAUUGGACUUUCUCGCCAACCGUCAAGUCACCCAUCGACACAUCUCCGCCCACCGCCAAAAUGACCAAGAUCAACAGCAACUUGCACUCCAGCCGGAGCAAGAGCCGCAAGGCUCACUUCCAGGCUCCCUCCAGUGUGCGCCGGGUCAUCAUGUCCGCGCCUCUGAGCAAAGAACUGCGCGAGAAGCACAACGUGCGCGCCAUCCCAAUCACCAAGGGUGACGAGGUCGUCAUCAAGCGUGGCUCCAACAAGGGUCGCGAGGGCAAGGUCACGUCUGUCUACCGUCUCAAGUAUGUGAUCCACAUCGAGCGUGUGCAGCGUGAGAAGUCCAACGGCCAGUCUGUGCCUCUUGGUAUCGCUCCUAGCAAGGUCGAGAUCACCAAGCUCAAGCUCGACAAGGACCGGGAAAAGAUCAUUGAGCGCAUCGCCGCUGGCCGUGUCGCCAACGAGAAGAAGCGCAAGGCUUAGAUCAUCCAUCAUGAAGGCAUGUUGGACUGAAGGGAAGAACAGAGGCGCAUGGAUGGGAAAGCUCACGAAUUCCACGAUACCAUAAAUGCGACGGCAUGUGUCAUACAGGCUUGGCUUGGGCAAUCUGGUCAGAGGCAUGGCGGAAUUGCGCAUGCAAAGGAAGUCGGAUGCCGACACAAUCGAAAACGCUUCAUACCCAUCGAAAUACUUCUUUCGAUCACCACGCGCCGUGC